AAAAUUUUUUAAAUUCGCUUGAGCUUCCCUUUCUCUCUCUCCCCAAGUCCAAACUGGGAAUUCUGAAUUCUCAAAAUCCAAACAAACGAAAAGAAAUGGAAUCCCAAACCCAAUCACCAAAGAAGCAAUGGUCCUUGCAAGACUUCGAGAUCGGAAAACCCCUCGGAAAAGGGAAAUUCGGCCGGGUCUAUCUCGCCAGAGAAGCCAAGAGCAAAUACAUAGUGGCGUUGAAGGUGAUAUUCAAAGAGCAAAUAGAGAAGUACAAAAUUCAGCACCAGCUCAAGAGAGAAAUGGAGAUUCAAACCGCUCUUCGCCACCCAAAUAUAUUGCGACUCUACGGUUGGUUCCACGACUCCGAACGCAUUUUCUUGAUUCUCGAAUACGCUCAUGGCGGCGAGCUCUAUAGGGAGAUCAGAAAACGCGGAUUUCUCUCUGAGAACAAAGCUGCCACUUACAUUUUGAGCCUCGCGCAAGCGUUGGCGUUUUGUCAUGAGAAAGAUGUGAUUCACAGAGACAUCAAGCCCGAAAAUCUGUUGCUUGAUCAUGAGGGUCGACUGAAAAUUGCUGACUUUGGAUGGUCUGUACAGUCAAGAGCCAAGAGACGCACCAUGUGUGGAACUUUGGAUUAUUUAGCACCAGAAAUGGUGGAGAACAAGGCUCAUGACUACGCAGUUGACAACUGGACUUUGGGUAUCCUUUGCUAUGAGUUCCUUUAUGGUGUCCCUCCAUUUGAGGCUGAGAAUCAAACCGAUACCUUUAGAAGGAUAAUGAAUGUUGACCUGAGCUUUCCUUCCACCCCUUGUGUUUCUAUAGAAGCCAAGGAUCUCAUUCUUCGACUUCUGGUGAAGGACUCCUCAAAAAGGCUAUCUCUUCAGAAGAUCAUGGAGCAUCCUUGGAUAGUCAAGAAUACAGAUCCUACAAGUAUCUGCAAUAAGUAGGAUUUUAAACUUCAAAGCUGAUUCUGCCAUGGCUUGGAGGAAUCAACAUGAUUGAAUUCUGCAUCUAUUGGUGUUUAUUUUUUUCCCUCUCCACUCAAUGAAGCAGCUUCCAAAGCUCUUCAUAUAACCUUCAAUAUUUCUUCUUAUCUUAGCUGCUUCUUGACUGAGAAACAUUGACUUGCAAACCCAAGCUUUGAGCUUCAUGUAUUAUACGUUUUGUAUAUGAUAAUUCAAUGUACGUUCUUUCUCUUGCCA